CCGGAAUGUUGUGUAUUGUUCUAGAAACAUGAAGAUCAUAACCCUCUCCGGGUCCCUUCCCGUCCCGAUUUGGAAUCCGGAGUUAGGGCGACGGAGGGACUUUCCUCUCCGCCAUGGCGACCGUAGUAAUAUAGUCAUACUAUCACCCCCUACGAUUUAGACUUUCAAGAAGCAUAUUGACACCAAGGAUCCUCCUGUGCUCCUAACCAUGCACGCCCUUUCCCGGAUCAUCUCCGUCCUCCUGCUGCUCCUCAGCAGCAGCGAGGGCGGCCUUGCCUCCCCAGCGCUCAACAAUCACAACCUGGAUCUCGAAACGCGCCAGAGCGCCCCAGCCAUAAGCAGAUACUGCAACCCCGCGACAUCGAUCUGCUACCUCCAGUACACGUGGACCCCGACCGUGCCCGUCUUCCGCGUCGCCAUCCCGGACACGGCCUCGACCAGCACCCCAUUCGACACCCUCUUACAGAUCACGGCACCCAGCUCGCUCGGGUGGGUGGGCUUCUCCUGGGGCGGCCGUAUGACGCUCAACCCGUUGACGGUGGUGUGGCCGAACGGGAACAGCGCGACCGUGUCGAGCCGGUGGGCAAACACCCGCACCCAGCCCUCUCUCUACCCGCAAGCGACCUACCGCACGCUCUCGGCCUCGCGCAACGCCACGCACUGGACGGUCGAGGCGGUCUGCUCGGGCUGCAGCGCGUGGAGCGGCGGCAGCGGCGGGCUGAACCCGUCCGGGGCGCGGACCUUCGCGUGGGCGGUCAGCAAGACGGCUGUGCCGCAGCCUGCGAACACCGCCAGCUCGUUUAGCGUGCACGACAGCGCCAACACGUUCCAGGGGGACCUGAGCUUGGCUAAGGUGCCCAAGGCGGCGUUUGAUGCGUAUGUCAGGGGAGGGAGGUGA